AUGGCGAGGAGUUUAUCAGUGAUCUUGAUCCUGACCUUGACUCUGUCAGUCACAAAUCCCCUUCAUGAAGUAGGACCAGCCACUGCUUUCCCUCAGACCACUGAGAAAAUUAUUCCAAGUUGGGAAUCUGGUAUUAAUGUUGACUUGGCAGUUACCACACGGCAGCAUCAUCUCCAGCAGCUUUUCCACCGCUAUGGAGAAAAUAAUUCCCUAUCAAUUGAAGGGUUCAAAAAGUUGCUUCAGAAUAUAGGCAUAGAUAAGAUUAAGAGAAUUCAUAUACACCAUGACCAUGAACAUCACUCUGACCAUGAGCAUCACUCUGACCAUGAGCAUCACUCUGACCAUGAGCAUCACUCUCACCAUAAUCAUGCUGCUUCCAGUAAAAAUAGUCGGAAAGCUCUCUGCCCAGAUCAUGACUCUGAUGGUUCAAGCAAAGACCCAAGAAACAGCCACGGGAAGGGAUCUCAUCGAUCAGAACAUGCCAGUGGCAGAAGGAAUGUUUUAAUCAAGGAGGGUGUUGGUGCUAGUGAAGUGACCUCAACUGUGUAUAAUGCUGUCUCUGAGGGAACUCACUUUCUCGAGACCAUAGAAACUCCAAAACAUGGAAAACUUCUCCCCAAAGAUGUGAACAGUUCCACUCCACCCAGUGUCACAGAAAAGAGCCGGGCAAGCAGACUGGCUAGUAGGAGAAGCAAUGAAUCAAUGAGUGAGCCCAGAAAAGACUUUAUGUAUUCCAGAAGCCCAGGCGAAAAUACUCAAGAGUGUUUCAGUGCCUCAAAGCUGCUUACAUCUCAUGGCAUGGGCAUCCAGGUUCCAUUGAAUGCCACCGAGUUCAACUAUCUCUGCCCAGCCAUCAUCAAUCAGAUUGAUACUAGAUCGUGUCUGAUUCAUACAACAAGUGAAAAGAAAGCUGAAAUCCCUCCAAAGACCUAUUCUUUACAAAUAGCCUGGGUUGGUGGCUUCAUCGCCAUUUCCGUCAUCAGUUUCCUGUCUUUGUUGGGCGUUAUCUUAGUGCCGCUCAUGAAUCGGGUGUUCUUCAAGUUUCUUCUGAGUUUCCUUGUGGCCUUGGCUGUCGGGACACUGAGUGGUGAUGCUUUCUUACACCUUCUUCCACACUCCCAUGCAAGUCAUCACCAUAGUCACAGCCAUGAAGAAGCAGCAAUGGAAAUGAAGAGGGGACCACUUUUCAGCCACCUCUCUUCUCAAAACAUGCAAGAAAAUACCUAUUUUGAUUCUACAUGGAAAGGGCUGACAGCUCUGGGAGGCUUAUAUUUCAUGUUUCUUGUUGAACAUGUCCUCACGUUGAUCAAGCAAUUUAAAGAUAAGAAGAAAAAGAAUCAGAAGAAACCUGAAAAUGAUGAUGAUGUGGAGAUUAAAAAGCAGCUGUCCAAGUAUGAAUCUCAACUUUCAACAAAUGAGGAGAAAGUAGAUGCAGAUGAUCGACCUGAAGGCUAUUUACGAGCUGACUCACAAGAGCCCUCCCACUUUGAUUCUCAGCAGCCAGCAAUCUUGGAAGAAGAGGAGGUCAUGAUAGCUCAUGCCCAUCCGCAGGAAGUUUACAAUGAAUAUGUCCCCAGAGGGUGCAAGAAUAAAUGCCAUUCACAUUUCCAUGAUACACUCGGCCAGUCUGAUGAUCUCAUCCACCACCAUCAUGACUACCAUCACAUUCUCCAUCACCACCACCACCAGAACCACCACCCCCACAGCCACAGCCAGCGCUACUCUCGGGAGGAGCUGAAAGAUGCUGGCAUUGCCACACUGGCCUGGAUGGUGAUCAUGGGGGACGGCCUGCACAAUUUCAGCGAUGGCCUCGCAAUCGGUGCUGCUUUUACUGAAGGUUUAUCGAGUGGUUUAAGUACUUCUGUUGCAGUGUUUUGUCAUGAGUUGCCUCAUGAAUUAGGUGACUUUGCUGUCUUACUCAAGGCUGGCAUGACUGUUAAGCAGGCUGUUCUUUAUAAUGCCCUGUCAGCCAUGCUGGCGUAUCUUGGAAUGGCCACAGGAAUUUUCAUUGGUCAUUAUGCUGAGAAUGUUUCUAUGUGGAUAUUUGCACUUACUGCAGGCUUGUUCAUGUAUGUUGCUCUGGUUGAUAUGGUACCUGAGAUGUUGCACAAUGAUGCUAGUGACCAUGGAUGUAGCCGCUGGGGAUAUUUCUUUUUACAGAAUGCUGGGAUACUUUUGGGUUUUGGAAUUAUGUUGCUUAUUUCCAUAUUUGAACAUAAAAUUGUGUUUCGUAUAAAUUUCUAA